UGACAAAUAUUAUCAAGUAACGGUCGCAUUCGAGAUCUCGCGAGAAUUAACAGAACUCAUCCAUCUGAUCGAAGACGAGAGGUUGUACAGUUCUCUCGUCAUGUGAUCUGGCCACAUAACAACAAGAUAUAACCCUUGGUCAAACUGCUGAUAUGGCGCUUUCUCUGAAACUUGGCAAGCUGGAUGCCAUCUGUGCCAAACUCAAAUCCCACACACCAGAAGCACCGAGUUCUAACGACAAUGAUGAGGCCUCUCUUUCGGAACCAUCAGAGGCCUCAGAAAGCAACAACAACAACCAGAAGACCCUUGACUUCAACGGAAGUGUGCCUCUAAAGCCAGUUGCUCCGUCCACCCCAUCAUACAACCUGCACCUCUUCUUGCUUCGACACCAGACACAGCCAAAACUUACCAGGCAGCUACACCCAAGUCAUCAAAAUCAAGUGGUCGCAAGAAAAGUCGAAAAUCUGCUUGCCCAAGGAAUCUAGCCCAAUAUGAAGAUGUCAAAUUCUCUGAGGUUACAGGGAAGGAUGAGUUGGGUCCAUUUGAGAUCAACAAUCAGAACACAGACUUUCCACCAGACCAAGAACAGGCGGAUGAAUUGCUUGCUCAGGACUUGUCUGUGGACAGUUCUCGUGCCACCUCACCUGGUGACCUUGACCCUUCCUCACAGAUAGAUUCAAUGGCAAGUGAUAAGGAGGAUUCUAUAUGUUUAGAGAAGUCAGAAUUUAACUCUAGUUCCUAUGCCAGUUCAGGUUUCCCCCUUGACCUGUCGGUCAGUCGCACUGCUGAUGAUGCAAGCGUCAAUGGUAGCCCUCGAUCAGCCGAUAGUGACAGAGAAAGCACGUUCCAGUCAACGUUGGAGUCACCGAAUCAUGCUGCUGACCUCUCUACCAGUCACGUGACACCAGAUUCUCCUGUAAAACCAAUGGUAUCAGCUGAAGCGCGUGUUCUUCAGGACUAUGCAAAAAACACAAUGAAUGAACUGCUCAGUAUUUAUGGUUUUGGUGGGUCUGCUGAUUCCGUCACCAAACAAAUACCUCUCACAAACUUUACAUUGUACCAGCACCAGUCCCAAAGCGCUCAGGACCAGAUGGAAGGGUCUACUUCUAACAUUCAACCAUCAUCCAAAACAGCUCACAAAGUUGGAAAGUCCCUGGGUUCAAGCAAGGGCAUCUUCACCAAUCAAUUCCAGAAACUUGCUCAAAUUAAUGGAGGUCACCCACAUAGCACCCCUUCCCCCUCUUCCAACCCUGCUACAAUCUUCAAACCCAUCACACCCAGCAUCAAACUCAGCCCUCCGCUCACCCAGUCUUCCUCAUCUGCCACCCAGCACCAUGCAGGUUUGAAGUCAAGUCCAUCAUCCAGUAAGUCGAACGUUGGUGGGGAGUUUUCCAAGUUCCGCCUGACCCCAGUUGGGCACAAACUGUCUCACACCAGCUCCUCCUCAGGGAAAGCUUUCAACCCCGACUACACCAAGUAUCUCAAGCGAUUUCACAAUGGCGAGGACUGUGGCGGAACCCACUGCAAGGACUUGGGCUACAGGGAACACUACCACUGCAUGGACUGCAGCUUCAAGGUGUUUGUCAAGAAGGAGGAAAUGGUCCGUCAUUUCAAAUGGCACAAGAAGCGAGAUGAUUCCCUCCAACAUGGCUUCCUCCGGUUCAGCCCCAUGGAUGACUGCAGCCAGAAGUUUGGGACGUGUACGCACAAUGGACGCCAGACCCACUACCACUGUCUACAGCCUGGCUGUGACAAGGUCUACAUCAGCACAUCGGAUGUGCAGAUGCAUGCUAACUACCAUCGCAAGGACUCCGCUAUCAUCAUGGAAGGUUUUCAACGAUUCCGGGCCACAGAGGAUUGUGGGACACCCUCAUGUCAAUUCUAUGGUCAACGCACAACACAUUUCCAUUGUCGACGAACAAGCUGCAAAUUUACUUUCAAGAACAAAGCUGACAUGGAGAAGCACAAGAGCUACCAUCAGAAGGAUGAGAUCCUGGGGCGGGAUGGAUUCAAGAAAUUUAUGAAGUAUGAGCACUGUUCCUACAAGGCCUGCAGGUUUUCCAAAAUCAGCAACCAUAUUCACUGCAUCAGACCAGGUUGCAACUAUGUGCUACACUCAACUGCUCAGCUGUAUUCGCACAAGCGUAAGCAUGAACGACGAGACUUCGAGAAUGCCUACCGCACCUACCGGCAGGUCCAGAAGGGAUCACCCUCACAGCCUCGCCCUGCCCAACAGGUAAUGGGCUCCUUACAAGGGGUCUCUGCUCUGUCGGGAGCUGGGCAGAUUCUUGCACAGGUGCCCCUUCCAGUUGGGACAAACUUGACCCCUCAGGUAGUGCCCUCUAUGUCCUUGCCUGUUAAAAUCAAGACGGAAAUGGAAUCACCCAAAGGGAGAAGGUCCGACAGCGGGAACAGUAACAGCAUGUCUCCUCCAAUCAUGGAGAGGAAUGUCAAGGUCAAGCUUGAGCCAACUGAGCCCACUGACCAGAGUUCAGGUCUGUUGAAUCAUGUGGCCAUUGUCUCAGAGGAAAAGCUGAAUGAUUCUCUGACCUUGCCAAUCCCAUCUGCCAUUAGUCCCCAGAAGGAUCACUCCAAUCCCCCAUCAUCUGGUGAGAACACACCAUCCCAUGGCGUUGAAAUGGUACGACCAUCUCCAGAGAAGAGGGAGAAAGAUGAGUCCUGGAAGGCGUAUCUCAUCAGGUACACAGCAAACGACCCGUGCAACUCCCGCUGCCAGUAUCUGUACAAGGACCACUACCACUGCAGGGUGGAUGGAUGUCAGGUUCUUUUCCGAUCCAAGGACGGAGUGCGAGAACAUGCCAAGUUCCAUGAAAUCCAGGACCGUAUCACACCUCUGGUGUAUCUGAUGUACGAAGAGCUUCAGGCGUGUCCAGAUAGCUGCCAGUUCAACCUUAAACAGAAGCACUACCACUGCAACUGGACUGGCUGUUCCCACGCUAUUCCCCACACCGGACCAGCAUUUGCCCGACUUGAACAUUACCGCAUCCAUGAGUAUGCCAAGGCAUCAGGCGGAAAAGGCAAGUUUGGAAAUUCCAAGGAUGACGAAUUCUCAAAGCGAAGACGAGGUCGCCCUCCCAAGUAUCCCAGGACUGAAAUUCCAAAUGUUCCGAAAGUGGAACUGCCAGAAUCGGUGAUCCAGGAAUCGGUGAAGCUGUACUCAGAGGGAAAGUUUGACCCAGCGGCUGAGGUCAUUAAUGGAUUCAAGCACUUCGCCGCAGAUGAACCCUGUCCGGACACACAAUGCAUGUAUUACAUGAAGGAUCAUUUCCACUGUGCUCGACCUCGAUGUCAUCAUGCCACUGACAGGAUGGAUGUCCUCAACCUUCAUGCUAAAGACUUUCAUAACUUUGUCAACAUCUUAGAAGGCUUUGAGUUCUUUGACCGAAAUAUUGACUGCAGACGUCCUCACUGUCACAACAACCGUGCUAAUCGACAUUUCCAUUGCCUGAAGCCCAAAUGUGACUAUUCAUUUGUCCGUCACAGCACGAUGGUUCAGCAUGACAGAAAACACAAGAUGCCACCAGUUCCCAAAAUUGCUCCAGUCCCAGCCUCAGCUAAGAAAGAAGUGACCAAUUUCAUCCCCAUCGUCCCUGCAAUGCCAGGAUUACAGCUGGAUCCGAAGAACAAGAACGUUGUUAAGGCAGCUGGCACCUUCUACCCUAUGUCUCCCCUGACUGACGUACGCAGUACAGUCCCUGGAACAGUCUUCAGCCAACCUAUGUCCUUGACCAUGGCUAGCAAUCUCACAACCCAGUCCCUGUCUGCAAUGGCCAAUACCCUCAACACCCAGUCCAUGGUGGCACAACCCCUACCGUCAACCAUCCCUGGUCUGCCCAAUAACAUGUCGACUUUAUUCAUGGCAGGACAGUUGCAGCUUCCCAUGGCCAACGCCAUGCCCCUCACAGUGCUGCUACAACAAAAAGGGCUCACCCCUCCCCAACCAAACUGGGGUCAGAUGAGAAGCAAGAUGCAUUAUGCUCUAAACUCCAAUUGUGGACGGCCGUUCUGCAAGCUGAAGAAGAAGGAUCAUUAUCACUGUCUGGAGUGUAACCAAGCCUUCUCCGACCCAGCCAGGCUGCGCUGUCACAUGGGUAAACAUGGACUUCGAUUCCGGAGAUCUGAGUCUGGAGGGAGAGCAGGCAAACAUGUUCACCUUAUGCCCAAACCUGAUCCAAUGAAGGGUCUGGACCUCUCCAACACUGCACUGCCCAUUGAGGAGGAAGUGGAUGAGGAGGAAGAAGAAGAGGAGGAGGAGAAUGCUGAGGAGGAUGAGCAGCAAGAUGGCAACUAUGGGCUAUCAGCUUCAUCAUCUCUCAACCUCAAUCCUGAAGCCUUUGCAAACAUGCUGCAAAGCAGACAGACUCUUGGAUCAGACAACAGCAGUGAGGAUCUGGAGGAUGAGGAUGAAGAUGAUGAAGAUAUAAAUGGGAACAGUAUGGAUGGGGCUCUGGUAGAAGAGGCUACUAAUGGAAGCGACUCCUACAACUACAGUUAUGACAGCUAUGAAGAUGGUCCUCUGGUGGUUGAUGAAGGACGAGGGUCAGAUGCUGGUAAUGAUGAGGAGGAGGAAUCAGAGGUUGGGCUCAAUCUGUCCUUGUCCCGUCGUUCAGGACGAAAACGAAUAGCUACAAGACAUGAAGAUUUCAUUGACAGUGAUAUGGUGAUGGCCAAACAGAGGAAAUUGUCAAGUCCACAGAGCUCUAAAGAACAAAUUGUCAUCCCGGAGGGGUUCACCAAACAUCGAUCUGGUGAUGAUUGCGGAUAUACCUCCUGCACCUACCGCCAGAGCUCCACACAUUAUCACUGUAUGAGGGAGGACUGUGGGUACGGUUUCAGUGAUAGAACACGCUUCAUCCAGCAUGUGCUACGUCAUGAAAGACUUGAUAACAUAAUGGAUGGAGAGUUCUACCACUUUCCGUCUGUGGCGUGCGGAAGCGAGGGUUGCGAACUCUCUGUAAAGUCAUCACACUUUCACUGUCUGAAGUGCCCAUUUGCCUGUGCUGAUUCCAGCAAAGUUCAAGCUCACCGUAAAUAUCAUAGCAAGAUGGACAGUAUUGCUUCCAAUGGCUUUAAGAAAUUCACUGGCAGUGAGGACUGCAGGAAUGCCAUGUGUUCCUACUACAAAAAGCAGACUCACUACCACUGCACAUUCCCGUCGUGUCACCAUGCUGUCCUCGGACCGGCACAGAUGGCAGCCCACAAGAUGAAACAUCCUCAGGAAGAGCUCAACUGAAGAGAUUGUGAUGAACAAUGUUACACUUUACACAGCAUUGUUAUAACAUGGGAACCAUUGAUACAAUGUUAAUUUGUCACUGCGACGCUGCUGACACUACAAUAUGCAACGCUGUUGCAGAAGAGCUGACGUAUAUUUUUUGCAACACCAUCACUGCUGAUAAUACCCAUGAACUAUUCACAUUCCCUUGUUAAGUUUAUUGUUGAUUUGUUUUGACUUUGAUCACAACUGCUGCAUCUGUUUACAAACAGUGACGUCCUACUCUGCUGAAGAACAACCUUUUCGUGGAUCUGUUUCCAUGGCAACCGUUUCAUGGGAUCUGCUUCUGUGGCAACCAUCAAGGAAUCUAAUUUCCAGGGCAGCAGAAACAGUUGUUCAUGUUUCUUGUUUUGUUAAGUUUCUUUCAUGAAGUCACGCAGAAAGAAAUUCUCAGUGUGACUAUAAUUAUCCAUAUGUGUACGAUAUUUUGCUAUUUUGUACCUACAUGUAUAUGUAUAGUUAUAUAUGUAAUGUGACCAGUAUUCCGGUCCAGCCGGCCAUUCCCACAGGGAAGCAAACAAUCUUGCCUCCACACAUACAUAGGUUAUAUCUAACAAACAUUUUCUGUACUGCUGCAGCAAAUGGCUUAUACUGUCUCCUGUCCAUUAUAUAUCUUAAUAUUUAUAUAAUUAUUGAUGUAAUAUUAAAAUCAUUGUACAUGUGAUGCAUCAAGAAAAUACUGCUGAUACCAUGCAAAUACUGCUGUAAUGAUGGCUGCAGGAGUUUCCAUUGGCAGUUGGCCUGUCAAUCACUUGUUGAAAAGAAAAUGCUGAUAUAUUAUUGGUUGAGUAACAAUCAGCCAUGUUGACUUUACUGCUACUUACACUGCAAUAAUGGCCAGUGGUACGAAAGUCUCUAUGAAGGAGGCCAUAAAACUUGUAAUUUCAGAGCUUAGUUUCUGUGAUAUAUUUUCUUCAAAUCAAUGUAUAUUCUCUGAUAUCUGUGGAUAGUUCAAGAUAUACUACAGAUUUAGCCAACUGUUUAUAUUAUGCUUUAUGAUCUGCUGAUUUUCUGCUAGUGUUUGCAUAUUUAAUACUCUGAGCAAUAAAAUGAAUCGUUCUUUGAAUGUUAUUGAACACAAGCGCUCUGUGCUGUAUUUGUACAAAGUGAAGUGACUCCAUGUCCCAAGAGUUACUUCUUUUAAGCAGUGAUAGUUUUGUGUUCCACCAAAACUGUACAUCAGUAUGUGUGGAGGCCAGAUCAUGCAAUAUGUCACAUGAUUUGGUCACCUGACCAAGUCAUGUGACCAGAUCACAAGAUGUCCCAGAGUCAUACAAACACAGUUUACUUAAUGUCAGAAUUCCUUUGUUGUCUCAGUACCUAUCAAGUCAUGUAGUCGUUGUACCUUUGUAACCCUGAAGUUUGUAUCGAGAUAUUUGUGUAUAGUCGGUGAGUUAUAUUUCAGAACAUUUACAUUGUAGUCAUUAACUUAUCUACAGGAGUUAUUAUUUAGAUGUACCUAUGUGGCUGUAUAAUUGUAUAGAGAGGACAGCAGCAUGAAGAGACUGUUUAUAUUGUAUUUAAUCUAUACAGAGGACUGUUGAAACUGUGAUCGUAAAACAUUACUUUAGUGAAGUCAGCGACAAGCUAUCUGAAAUCACCGCUAAGAGUCACUGCAAGUUCUGUGCAGCACUCAGAUGGCCCCACCCUGUCUAUGCAACCAUUUUAGCUGAAUAGUUCACCAUCAAGGUCUUAAUCACAAAUCCGUCUUGGGGCCCCCUCAUCCGUUGGUUUGAUAUACAGAGGAUAUGUGUGUUUAGCAGUAGCAUAAAGCCCAGGGCCACGAUCCAUAAGUCGAUCUUAGUACUAAGGUGAUCGUAACUCCCAGACUUAGACUUACUACAGUCAUAGCGCUACGAUCGCUUUAUAAUGAAACAGGCCCAGAUCGUCUUGUGGAAAGGGACCCAGGGCCACAAAGUGUUUGUAGCACUACAGCAUAUGUAAGCCUGUGACAGACUAUCUGGUUAUGAUAGGUUGUAAUACUGCAGUAAUGCUAUACACACUGGGAGAAGAUCCACAAAGAAUUCAUAACGUUACGACCUGUCGUAACUCUAUAGUUUAUCAUAGGCUUAUGAAUGUCGUAGCGCUACAAAUGCUUUGUAGAUCGGGACCCAUGUCUAGUUAAUUUGUACCAGGUAGUAAACUUAGCAAUGAGCAUGUUUUAGAGAAUAAUUAUAAUUUAGAGUAGACAAAUGUUCAGUGAAACUGAUUUGGUUUGCUCUGACUGGAUGUACUAUUAGAAGCACUUUAUUCAUUGGCCCUGUAGUGUGGUGUCACCUCUCUGAUUGCCUUGAACUUUCAAUAAUUUGAUUUUUAAAGAAUUUCAAGUUAACACUGAGUAGUAUUACACUUGGCACGAUAAUGGCACCAUAUUAUGAACUUUACCUAGAGUAUUCUCAUUUUGAACUGACAAGAUCAUUUGUGUAUUUCAUGUCACAGAAAGCAUUGUUUAAACCUGAAUUAUACCUUGAGCAUGAUUAAUAUUAUUUUUUUGGCAUUUCAUCAUGUUGUGUAUUGUUCAAAUACUGGGACAUUUCAUGAUUUUUGCAGAUAUUUCACUGUGAGUUCCGAUUUGCUCAGACUUCAUUUCUUGAAAUUCUAAAGCUUUUGAUAGUUUCAUCUCAAAUACCAGCCUUUGAUACUGCAUGAAAUGGGAGGUUUGGAACUAUGAUUAAGCGGUUUGAUACAUGAAGUUGAAUAUCGAUUCAAGUUUUCAUGUGACAAUACAAUGCAAGAUACAUUUUUUCUGUAUCAAAAUUGACAAUUCUAAAAUAAAUUACUUCCUACUCUUACAAUGGCCCUCCAGUUUUUAUGUCGGUUGUUUUGAAAACUGUGUUAUUACCAGUGUUUCAAGGUCACUACUUAUGAAAUAUAGCCAUUGUGAUUGUUUCUACAAGUUGCUUCUCUUUCGAAACUGCACUGAACUAUUUAUAGACAGGAAUUUUUCACAUGAUUUGACCUAGAUAUGGUUCGAUACGUAUCAUAUCAUGACUUUGCUGUAUCAUGUUACGUCAAGAAUCAAGUUUGAGUUUGAGUGUUGAGCCCCUCAGUGUGUGUCUUGUUCAAUAUCCCUAUGGCAUCUUAACCUUCAUCCCAGCAUCACCAAUGCACUCCAAUAUUAAUGUAUAUAUUACAAUAGAGUUUAAAACAAAGUCUAUAUAUUCAACUAAACAAAUCCUUGUCGAUCCUAUUUUCUAGAUAUAUCAUGAGUAUGUCAGUUAGAAUAGAUACUGUUCUUUGUUCGAUAAAUCCAGUUCAUUCCAUUCUCAAAUAACAUUCCUACCCAACUGUAGUCAGUAUAAUUUAGUCUCGUUUAUCUGUGGGGAAAUUGUUGAUGUCAGUGCUUAUAAGAUCAUAUAGAUUGUGGGUGUUGUUUCAUUGAAUCACUAUUGAUUAAUAAAACAUGUUUAACAUAUGAUUGAUACUGUCCAUCAAAUAAAAUCUAAGGUAUGUUCAGAAAAAAUAAAGUGAACUCCCAUAGCAGAUUUUUAAAAAAUACAGCCAUAAGGAAGUUAUUUUCAUCACAUGAAUUGGAAUAAUAACAACUAUUUUAUAAUAUCUACAGUGUUGUCUAUUUCUUUGGAGAAUGUUCUCCAUGAAAUUGAUUAUGUUGAAUAUUGUAAUAAAAUUUAUGCAUGAUAUCGAUGAAAACAUGAAACCUUAAUCCAGAAACUAACAUUUUUUAGUGAUACAUUCCAUGUCAGUCAGUCCAACAAUUAACCAAUAUAAUAGCUGUAAUUUAUUUUAUUUAUUUCAUACUUGUAUCAACAAAGUCAUUUAUGCUUAUCAGUACAUUUGUUGUUGAACAUUUUCUUUGUUGUAUUUUUUUUUCACAAUUUCUCUGGAAUUUUAGCCUAAUAUUUAUGUUUUGUCCCUAGUUUCUGUAAAUGUAAUUUAAUUUUUGUGCCAAAUUUUGUUUUCUUAAUGAGUGAUGGCUUUCUCACCACUUUGUAUGUACAGCUGGUUUCAACAUGUCACUGUUUGAUUGUCCCCAGGGAUAUGCUUAUCGCAAGGUCUUGAUGUGGAGCAUAGAAAACAUUGUUGUGUGGUAGUGUUAAUCUUGAAUAAACAUUUCUCUUUUUGUAAUCUCCCUUAAUUCAGCUAGUUUCAGAGAACUCACAAUACACUAUAAACUGUAUUGUUGGAAGUGACAAUUUGGUAUUUAUUUUUAAAACCAUAUACUAUUCUUGUUUUUCUCUGUAAUUUUUGUAGGAGAAAAUAAUUCCUAGUACCUUUAUAUAGAAAAUGUUUUUUCUUUGCAUUGAAAUAAGUUGUUAUUUCCUUAUGAAAUAAUUUACAGUUUAUUUCUUUUUUUUUCUUUGUACAAUCGUAUGGCUUUUACUUAACAAUGGCUUUUCUUAAUUAAAUUUGAAAUAGUUUUACAUGUUUGCUUAUUGCAAAAUACACAUACAUGUACUUAGAUCAUUUAGUGCUGUAGUUUGGAGAGCUCUUCAUUUUCUUGUUAACUGUAUAUAUGACAUAUGAACUACACAUGGAUUCAGCAUUGUCUUAAAGUCAUCCUACUUGUGUGAUAUAUCCUGCCAACAGUGGUGUCUGCAUGCAGCUAUCCACAGCUUGGUCACAAAGCAUGGGCCUUUAGUUUAUGUUUUAUUUUCUGAUAACAUGACUACAUGUCUAUUAUCCAAUAUUUUGUUUAUGGAAAUAUUUAUUGAAUUUUUUUUGUAAUUUUCUUAAUCGAAAACUAAACUGCUCAUGAAGGUUCUUGAAAAGAAUUCCUUAUAUCAUGAAUAUCUUUUCUGUUUGUAUGCAAAUAUUUUCUGUAAGAUUAUAUUCCAAGAACAUGUGUUUAGGAUUUCAGUUGUUGGGGGAGUUCGAUAAAGUAACAAACCUGGCAAGAUACCGUAAUGGCAGGGAGUACAGUGUCAACAGACUCUUUGCAGAACAUUCCCAAUGUGUAUUAUAUUAUUGUGACAUUUUCCUAGUGAUUUGACUUCUACAGAAUGUAGUUAUACGUUUCUAGUCUUGAGAUAAGAAUUACAUCAUUUUCCUGCUACUGGAUUUGUAGAGUUAGAAUGUGUGGUGCCUCGAGUGCUUUUACCCAGUGCAACGAAUACCAUUUGUGAAAUUGUCAGCGAAACUAGUUUCCUACUGCUAAUCGUAGCCAGUUGGGUUGUGUCAUGGUUGUGUGUUGAAUUCUUUCAACGAAAAAAUUAAACCAUUUUAUCAUGCAUGUGGAGACAGUAUUUUGUAAUGAAUUUUUGAGGACUUUUCCUGUCUGUACUUCAUGUUUUACAAUUGUGUGCUCAGAUGUGUCUCAGUGUUAGUUAACAAUAUGUGUUAUCGUGGCCAGCACACGUUAUCAACAAUGAAGUCAGUUGGGCUGAUAAGGUCACCCUUGAUGAGUUUACCUUUAAAAUGUACACUGCGAUCAAAACAAAAUAUCAAGUUGUACCCAGAUUACUUUGCAAUAGUCCCUGUUGUAAAUGGUCCAUGAUCAGUUUAUGUCACCAUCACUGUCAUGCCGCAAUUCCCUCAGAACUUCCUGGUACUUUUUUUCAAGCCUAUAUUGUCAAAAAGGUGAGUGAGUGAGUUAAAAUUUAAAGUCAUAUCGGCAGUAUUUCAGCCAUAUCAUGACUAUUGAUAAACGGGACCUUGAGUUGAAGUCCAUUUUGUGAAAAGUUAUCUCCUCUUGUUCUGCAAAGUGGGUUGAUGUCAUGAAUGUAUCAUGCUGCUAAAUGAGAACAAAAUCUGGGUACUCUUACUGUCUGGCCACAAAAAUUAUAUGGCAAUACAAAUUUGGGUCCAACUCAAUAUGUUGUUUUGUACCAGGGGGACAUUUCAACGGUAACCAGUUGGGAGUGACUUUGUCAGUGUCAGUUGGUGUGGAGAACAAUUACUUUCAGAUUAGACAAGAACAUUCCCAGUCGGUUAUGAUCCUAGAUCGCCUUAUGAGAUGUUUUCCGAGUUUCACUUCCAUCCAAACAUAUCCAAACUGCUUCUGUGGUCUGAACUAUCAAAUGGUUUCACCACUUGUUAUCACGUUUUAGGGACAAAACAGUUAUAAUAUACAAACUGACAUUCGGAUGUGUAAUAUCGGUGAAGAUAUUGAUUUGUAAUAGUCAUCUGUCAUUGUGAGAGACCAUUAUCACAAUAAAUAACACUUGUACUGUUUGAACAUGGCAUGAAAUCAUGAGAGACACUGACAGGUCUUGUACAAUACAUUCCAGAAUACAAUACCUAUGAGAUUUUUGGUUUAUGGACACAUUUUCAUAAUGUUUCAAAAUUAAAGACAAAAUGAAGAUGUAUUGAUUUUUAAAUUUUAAAACUUUGAAACUUCAAAUAUUCAAGGGCAUGGCUGGCAUAGUCAUCCCGGGUUCGAAUCCAGGUUCACCCUGAUUAUGUUUCAAGGUUCGGGGCACCAUAUAUGUAAUUAUUGGUUUCACAGAAGUGGUAAACGUCCAAGAUCUUUAUCACUUAGUGCUUUCCUGCUUCAUGAAACAAACAUGUGACAGAACAGGAAUACUAUUCAAAGCAGUUUUAGACCAAAUGCACUCACUGUCACCUCAUUCACAAUACAGGCAGAUUCAGGAAGAACUAUGAAGAGAUGAUAACUUUAUGAUGACUUUGUGCUAUGAUUCGUACAGUGGUUUGUCCAAUUUAAUGAACAUUGACAGUGGCAUCUACUUAUGGCAAACAGCAACCCAGGAUUCCUCAUAUAUACAUCAUUCCUAUAUAACACUACAGGUUUUUGUGUUAGAUAAGUUGUAUUCAGUUUUCACUCUUGUAUAUAAUGCCUACUUGAUUUUACACCACUGGAGACAACCAGAGAGUAUUAAAUAAACAGAACAUAUUAGCUA